CAGACUUCCUGCUUUGAAUUCCUGACAAAGUGAGCAGAGACAGGCAGGAGAAUGUCUCUAUCCGGGAGAAUCCUGAUUGGGCUCUUUCUUUACAUCCGGCAAGGUCAGACAGAAUUUGCUUGUCAGAUCCAGCAGAAACAACUGAUUGUGGUUGCAGUGGUGAACGAAGAUGUGAGCUUCCACUGUGAGUAUAGAUGUGAAAGCACCAACAAGUCGGCGCCCCUGACGAAGGCCGUCUCCGUCACCAUGCUGCUCUACAAGGACAUGCUCAGCAAUGCACUGAGCACACCCACAGACUCCACUUUUGUGUCCAAAUCAGACAAGGUCUGGCAGCUGACUGUGAGGGGCAUGAACUACAGUGGGAUGUACUACUGCCACGGGAGAACUCAAUCCAAAUCCUUCGUCGGGAGAGGGACCUUGCUACGUGUGGUGGAGAUGGAUCAGGUCCAGUUGAGACACAUUCCCAUGAGGGACAAAGAAAGAACAAACAACCCCAGAGCUCCCUGGAUGAUGGAAGAGACACAGAGGAAGAUGAAACAAAUACCAAUGUUUUGCUUUACAUUUGCAGCAAGCGAAGAGCCCCCACGUCAAAUGUUGGUGUACCUGUUGGUGGGGAUCUCCUUGGCCCUGGUGAUCUACAGUCUGUCCGUCACAGUGGUCGUCAUCAUCAAAAGAAAGACCUGCUCCCGGUGUAAAUCCUAUUGGAUGAAACUUCUCAGUGGGAAUGCCCGCAAGCCUUCUGCCACGGACCAGGUGCAAUCGAUCACCAAGAGUUUGGGAGGACGGGUGGUAGAACCACCAGAAGAUGAGAAUGCGUACAUGGCCCUCCAAAGACCCCAGGAAUCAAUGUACAGCUCCCUUCAUAACGGCGCAUGCAACGUGGAAAGCACCUGUGCUGCAGACGAGUCACCGAGGGGGGUGGAUGUGGAGCCGGCGGAGGCUGAAGCUGAGGUUUAUGAGUGCGUCUAUGAGACUUUCUGAGUCCAGCCUCUGGCGGGGAAUGGAAGGAAGCUACACGUCAUUCUGUCCUGUCCGUCUGCCCUGCCUUUUCAGGUUCUCCAGGUCGUACGUCUGUGCCUCCUGGUGCCGGCACCCUCCUCCAUCCCCAGCACUGACCAGCUCCCCCUCAGUUAGAGGUCCAUGGGGUUCCUUAGGGAAGAGGGCAUCAGCCGAGUCAGGGCUGUGGGAGAUGUUCACUCAUCUUCUCAACUAGGUCCACCAUUAGCCUUUCUAGAGCUUCCCUUCGCCAAUCACCUGAGCUCUCCAGCCCACUCCCACUGUCUGUCACUGAUUCCCACACUGUUCCAACACAACCCAAAGAAAUGCAUCUCAUAUUCCCACUGGGCACACUACAGCCUCCCUGCAUCUGCACCAAGAGCAGUAAUUUCUGAUAAUUGGCCAGUCCAACCUUGCACCCCACAGAGUCCAUCAGUGACAGCCCAGUAGUUUCACAUUUUGUUUCGUCUCCUCCUAUUCACACCGCACACGGAGAUUCACCCAGAAACUGGACCAGACCUAGUUAGUGCAUUAAACUUGCCAGGACUGGUCCCACUGUGGAAUUGGUGCCAAGGGUCACUAGCACAAAAGACACAGCAAGUCCCAAGAUGUGCGUUUCCCAACAGGCACUGAGCACCAUUGCGAUUGACGUGACUCACUGAGUUGUGCACGGGGAGAGUAAUCAGACCUUAAAGGGGCCCAUCUCCGUGACAGCCACAAAACCAGCUGCAUUGAUGGUGAGGAGGGGGACAAUGUGAUUUCACUGUGUGUUGCCCCAGCCCCCACCUGAUCCACUGGCCCAAGGGAGCCGCACUCUGUGGUGCCCCUCUGUGAGGGUGGGAUGAUCAGUGAGGGAGAGGUGUGGCAAUGAGGAGCAUAAAAUAAAAAGGCUCCACACAGUGAGGGAGGAAGAAAAAGGCUUGUCCAAGGAUAUUGACUUGUCCAAGGAUAUAGUCACUUCAACCCCCAACCCCCCCCCCCCCCCCCCCCCACACACCAUCACAGAUACAUCAGUCCUCGGCCUCCUCCACUGCCAGGAGAAUUCCAAGCGCAAACUGGAGGAACAGCUCCUCAGUUUCCGUCUUGGAACCUUGCAGCCUAACGGCAUGAACAUUGAAUUCUCCCACUUUAGGUAAUCCCCACCCCCCCCCCCCCCCCCCAUCCACCAUGUUUCUUCUCUUCUUCCCUCUCCCAGCCUCUCUUUUUUUCUAUCUCCUCACCUUUGACUCAUCCCCCGGUGGAUCUGCUCUCCCCUCCUCCCCCGCACCUGCCUAUCACCAUGUCUUGCCUGCAUCUACCUAUCACCACCCUGUGCCCACCCCGCCUCCCCUCUUUUGUCCACCUAGCACUGAUCUGCUUUUCCCUCCUAUGUAUUGGGCUUCCCCUUUUCCUAUCUUCAGUCCUGAAGAAGGGUCCUGACCCGAAGCAUUGACCGCCUGCUCUUCUCCACGGAUGCUGCCUGGCCUGCUGAGUUCCUCCAGCAUCAUCGUGUUUUUCAUCAAGGACAUUGACCUUUGGAAUAAGAGAUCAAAUGCAGUGACCAGGGUCAGAAUGGAGACUCUUUAAUUUCAGCCUCCCCUGGGUAUUUCAGUGGCUGGGUCCUUGUGUUUUUUAUGAUAUUGCCCCAACUCACGAGGAGGUUGGAGGUGAGACCAAGGCUGGACCUUGGUGCACAUUCAACUGACCCAAGCGGAGGUCACGCAUGCUAACGGGAAGGUAACCGGAAGUGCCCGGACCAAAUCGGAGAAGGUCACAACUUCACCUGGAAACAAUUGCUAACGAAAACCAACGUUGGAUCCCACAGCAAGGAGGAAGCCCACACCAAUCAGUGCCAUCGGGAACCUGGCUGGGGCACGAUCCCCCCCCCCCCCAGUGAGGCUGACACUGGCCCGGAGUCGAUCGCGCAGUGGCCGUUUCCACGGUUACCAAAUAGAACGACACUGUAAAGUGCAACCUCUGACCUUCAAUCAUUGGGCAGAAAAAAAAUAAGGAGCAAACUCCACAACAGAUGUGAAUUAAAGAAUGUUCA